GAUUGUGCUGAGUACAAAUGAAAGGAAAGCUGCUGUAGAGAGAGCAAUGUUCAGUGCCAUCUGAGCUGGCUUCAAGAUGGAUCAUCAAACCAAUGUGACAUCACAAAGGAUCUUUUAACCACAUACCUCCUACAUGUAUAUGCCUCAGUACUGCAUGAUCCCACCUUGUUUAUUUUACAUGUUACUGUGACGAGAAGGAGGAUAUAAUGCCAUACAGAUCUACCCGUAAACCCAUGAAUGGGAUACCUGCAGGCUAUAGAAAGUAUGCUGAACCUCACUCCAAGUCUCUAUGCUGUUGUGGUUGCCCUAACAUCUUUGCUGUGAUUCUCCUCUAUGGGAUGUUAGCUAUCGUCUUUAUGAUUGUCUUUAUCUGCUUUAGUGCUUCGUCAGGACGCCAAUAUGAGCGAGAUAAGGAUCCCUUCAGUUCCAAGACCUUCUAUCAGAGAAAAACAAAAGAAGACAUUGAACUUUAUAAACCAAAAGAAGAGAAAGGAGAACAUAUUGAGAUAUUAAGGAGAAGAUUAACUGAUCUUACUGAUGGCUACAGAGAUAUUAAAGAUCUUAAGAAAAAGUAUUAUAAUCAUUGCAAGACCUGUUCAGUGGUUACCAGCUCUGGACGUCUACUCUUUCAUCAAGCUGGUGAAGAGAUCGACUCUGCGGAAUGUGUCAUUCGUAUGAACAAUGCCCCCGUUGUUGGAUAUGAGGAAUAUGUGGGAAAGAAGACAACCUCACGGAUUGUGUGCUUCCGAUCUGUUGCCAAUUUAAAGAAGAGCAUGUUAACUGGCAGAGGAUUUACAAAGGAGGUGGUUGUAUGGGGUGCUGAGAAUCCUAGCCAUGGUAGAUGGGCCAUGUCUAAACUUAAGAUGUUCUUAAGGCAGUACUUACAAACUAAAUGGUUCUCUCUCAAGGAUGGAGGUGAAGAGAUAGCCAACGCAAUCUUUGAAUCAGAGACAGGUAUAUCAAGGGAGAAGUCACACACCUGGCUGUCUACUGGUUUAUUUACCAUGCUCUUUGCUCUACAAACCUGUGAUAAUAUUACAGUAUACGGAAUGGUGGAUGAAAACUACUGCAAAUUGCAUAAAGAAAUAGAAGCACCUUACCAUUACUAUGAAAACCUGCCAUGGAAUGAAUGUGAGUUUCUCAACAUGCAUGAGAACAAAAUGAAACAAGGACAUCGUUAUCUGACGGAGAAAGCCCUCUAUCGUCGCUUUGCAUCCAUGUUCAAUUUAAAUUUCAAGUAUCCAGCAUGGAACCUGACCAAUGCAUCACAUGUUGAUUUCAAGAGCCCAUUUAGAGAGAAGUAUAUGAAGGAACACACAAAGAGGUGACACUUUCCAGAUCAAGUGUUCGUGUGUAGGUGAUCAAUGCAAAUUGUGGUGUUAAUUAUUAAAGUGCCAUGAAGGUGUUGUGUAAAGAUAGAAUGCUAUGAGUGGGUGAUCAGUUCAAGCUAUGGUGUCAAUCAUGUGCAGUAUAAAACACUUGUUUAACAUACUAUUCUUAUUGAUAAUUGAAAAUUACAACAGAUACUUCCAAGUUUAUAUGAACAAUCAUGAAAUUUUACCAUAUGAUUCUUAGGUACGGAUAUUUUUUUUAACCAAAAAAUGAAACAAAAUAUAUAUAUAGCAAAUCAUGUUAUGAAGACAAAGAUUGUGGUGGGCAAAAUUUUGCCUUUUUACCCUGAUAAUAUCGAUGAGCAGCAAAAUUCACAGAAAUGUGAAGUAAUAGACUUUCAAUAUUCGUUUAAGCACUAGAAGUUUAGUUCCCUGUUGAAAGAACAGUGGACUUCAAAUGCAUAUACAUGUACACUACUAAACUAAAACUUAUGCACACAGCGUCACUUAGGAUGAUACCAUGCAAGAGCUGAAAAUCAACAUUAUAAUGUCAUGUGAUCACACUGUAUAAAUGUCAUGUGAUCACACUGUAUAAUGUCAUGUGAUCACACUGUAUAGUACAUUGCAGUACUAUCAAUACAGUAAUAUAACUACUCAGCAACCGCAGGAUAGAAUGUGAUACAGUUUUAUUUGUAUAAUUCCGAAGACAGUGUUCGUUAAGGUGUUUGAUGCUGUAUUCUUUAGUUACAAACCUGAUCAAGGCUUAUGCAAUAAGUUUAUUUGAAUUUAUAUUACAGAUAUGAGUUCCACAAGGAUAAUUCAAUUUGAUUUCCAUUUACCGGGAGGUAAAGCUUUAAAUAGAUCAUCCAACUAUUUGAAAUAGAGACAAAUCAAAUUAAGUAUAUUCUUAUUUCUAGAGAUAAGUGCCUAUCACUUUGAAUCUAUAGAGUAAAACAAUAUUUUAAUAUGAAUGAAACGUAUUGUUGUAUAAUAAAUUAUAUUAGAUAGAACUAUAUUUCAAGUGAUUGAUGUUCUAUAUAGAUGUAGAUUUGAUAUUCAUGAAGAAACGAUUUGCUCUAUGCCUUGAAUCUCACUGUUAGAUGUGAAAUGAAUAGGUAGAUGAAUGGAAAGAUUAAAACUCAAAAGAAAUGCUCCACAAUAUUGAACAAUGAUACUGCUCAACUUUUGGUAUUAUUUCUUCUUUUUUCUUAUAUUAUAAAGCCUUUUUGUCUCACCUGCAUAGCAGAGUGAGACUAUAGGCGCCGCUUUUCCGACGGCGGCGGCGACGGCGACGGCGGCGGCGGCGUCAACACCAAAUCUUAACCUGAGGUUAAGUUUUUGAAAUGACAGCAUAACUUUGAAAGUAUAUAGACCUAGUUCAUGAAACUUGGCCAUAAGGUUAAUCAAGUAUUACUGAACAUGCUGCCUGAGUUUCAUGUCACAUGACCAAGGUCAAAGGUCAUUUAGGGUCAAUGAACUUAGACCAUGUUGGGGGAAUCAACAUCAAAAUCUUAACCUAAGGUUAAGUUUUUGAAAUGUCAUCAUAACUUAGAAAAUAUAUGGACCUAGUUCAUGAAACUUAUACAUAAGGUUAAUCAAGUAUCACUGAACAUCCUGCAUGAGUUUCACGUCACAUGACCAAGGUCAAAGGUCACUUAGGGUCAAUGAACUUUGGCCGAAUUGGGGGUAUCUGUUGAAUUACCAUCAUAACUUUGAAAGUUUAUGGAUCUGAUUCAUGAAACUUGGACAUAAUAGUAAUCAAGUAUUACUAAACAUCCUGUGCAAGUUUCAGGUCACAUGAUCAAGGUCAAAGGUCAUUUAGGGUCAAUGAACUUUGGCCAAAUUGGGGUAUUUGUUGAAUUACAGCCAUAAAUUUGAAAGUGUGUUGGUCUAGUUCAUAAAACUUGGACAUAAGAGUAAUCAAGUAUCACUGAACAUCCUGUGCAAGUUUCAGGUCACAUGAUCAAGGUCAUGUAAGGUCAAAGAACUUUGGCCACGUUGGGGGUAUUUGUUGAAUUGCCAUCAUAUCUCUAUAAGUGUAUUGGUCUAGUUCAUAAAACGUGGAAAUAAGAGUAACCAAGUAUCACUGAACAUCUUGUGCGAGUUAUAGUAGUUUUCAAAAUCAGCACUGCUGCUAUAUUGAAUCGCGUGAUGCAGGUGAGACGGCCAGAGGCAUUCCACUUGUUGUGAAAUGGUUCUAUAUUCAAUGUGUUAUGAAACAAAUUUUGUGUUUUAUCAAGUUAUCUGUAUAUAUGGCUACCCGUCUAUCUUAGUGAAGUAUGUUAUCAGAGUCCUGUAUCUGGCUACAUGAUCAUCUCUUUAUUAUUAUUUGAGUCAAGCAUUUUCUAAAUUUAUGCCACUUAAUGAUCCAUUCUAUUAUAUUUUGCCUUUCUGACUUCCUAAUUUUCUAUUUAUGGAAAAUAAUGUAAUUUUUAAUUCAUCUACCAUUUGCACAGCUUUACAAGUUAAUUUGUUAUGUUAAUUUAGUUUGAACAAUGGAUCGUUUCUUGAUGCUUUUUAGCACUGAAAAGUUGUCAUUCUAUGAUAGUUACCAUAGUAACCAGUGCAUCUCAGUCAAUCAAACUGAGGUUUUCACUAAAAUUGUCAGAGCUGACAAUUUAGUUAGUGCUGACAACUUUUAUUAAAUAUAUUUACCAUGUCUGGCAUUAUGGGGAGAAUUUGACAGUUUUAGUGUCAGCACAAAUUUAAUGACAACAUUACAAAUGGGAGAUCGAAUUGAUAAUAAACACUUUUAAAGAUAGGCCUAAUAAUAGAAAUUAACAAAAUGAUAAAGAUUAGAGAUUUCGAAUUGAUUUCAGAGAUUUUAAAAAUAUAAUUCAAACUGUUGCUUGGAUUGUAUUUGGUAACUCUAAAGAUUAUAUAGUUUCAAUUUUUGUUUUCUUUGUCACUGUCAAAUGAGAUUAAAAAUUGUUAUAAAACAUGCAUUGAAUGAAGGAUUGGGCAUACAAAUUCUGAUAUAAUCUGGAAAUUUUACAUUGAUAUGUCUCAAAUAAAGGUAUUGGUUUGAAUAAUUUGUUUCCUUGUAUGGAAUGGGGAAAUAUUUUCAGCAUGCAAUUUCUAUUUACAACUUUCUAAUUACAUUGACUUUUAUUAUAUUGAGGGAAUUAGAUAACCAAGAGAGUGCACAAAAUUUAAUAAGAUUUUUCUGAUAUUCAAUUGAUGAUAAAAAUGAACAGUCACUAGUACGUUUUUGUAAGAUUUUAAUGUGAGAAUAAGUAUCUCCAAACUGUCCAAUAUUUUGUGCAAAAUCAUACACAAAGUUGUAGGAUUUUUGUUUCUUCUGGGAAAGUUAUGUGUAAGUAUUAAUAGUAACAUUUAUAUAGUGCUUAUUACAUUGCAUCUGUAAGCAAUUUGCAUGUACAAAAUGCUAUCAUUAUACAGCAAAAUCAAUCAGGACCAAAGUUUUAUUGCCAAGGUAUAUUUGUUUUGUAGUUCCAAAUACCCUUGAUUCUAAUCACUGAUUCUUAUUGUGAUCUAAGCUGUUUAUCAGACCUCUCAAUUUACUUGUAUUAUUCUCCUUGCUUUUCACCUUAAUUUUGUUUCCUUCAUUGUAAAUGGUUUCUCUUUUAUCAUCUCUUGUAAAAUAGCAAUUAUUUUUGUCAUGUAUAAGUUGUGUUUAGGUACUUAUGCAUUUCAUCAUUUUCAUGCAUUUUCGUAUAAUUCAUGCAUUUAUAUAAAUUUUUGUGAAUUUUGAUUGUGUUUGUAAUACUAUGUACGCUGUUUUCUCUUUGAUUGACCAAUGUAUUCUUUUAGAUUGAUUUCAUGUCAUUUUGUAAUUCCAUGUUGAUUUUCUUGCCUGAAUUAUGCCAAAUGUGAACCAAAAAAUGAUGAGUGAAUUUUUUGCUUAGUAUUAGCCUGUGCAAUGUAAAACUAAGUAUUAAUUAUUUUUAUGAAAUUUGAUCAGUGUAUGAAUGAAAUAAAAAAAAGUUGUUUUGUGCAAUCAGUGAAGAUUGGACCACUUGAAAAAAUGUUUUGACAGUAUUGUCAUUUUUUAAUGAUUGUGAAACAUACACUAUUAUGUAUGAAAGUAUUUAGAGCAACUUUGUAAAAGGGGAAGAUCUCCCUGGUGUAUAGAUGCUUUUAUG